AUGAAACCACGUCUUGCUUACGACCAAGCCUGGAAAAGAGGGACGAUUAUCUACAAACGCUGGUAUAAGUAUCUCGAGGAAGAUGACCCCUUUAAUGCAGUUGGCCGCUUUCUUGCAACGCAUUUUUAUCCUCGGGAAUGGUGCGAGUUUGAUAUCUUCCCGUUAGGUGGAUUCAAUGUCUGCUUUCAGAUGGUAUUUACCGAUAGUACCACCGCUAUUAUCAGGUUUCCAUUCCCUGGUAUUAUCAUGUUUCCCGAAGAGAAAGUCCACAAUGAAGUCAGGGUCAUGCAGUUCAUUUUGGAGCAAAGCCAAGAAUCACAAAAAAUUUCGAUUCCGGUGCCUUCUAUCUCUCACUGGGAACAGAAGAAAGAGAGUCCCGCAAACCUAGGUCCUUUUAUCAUCAUGGAAUAUAUCGAGCACAAACAGAGUAUCUGCAGGCUUCUUGAGGGUCCCGAAUCAGAUCCAACCGUCCGUCCAGUUCUAAAUCUCAACCUCAACAUAGUCAGGCUGAGAGACCUUUACAGAAAAUUGGCCAAAAUCGUUCUUGCGCUGUCUAUUAUUACUCUCAAUAAGAUAGGGUCUAUUGGGCUUGACCCAGAAAAUAAGACAUGGAAGGUGUUGAAACGGCCCUUAUCAUAUUCUAUGAAUGAGGUCGUGCAACUGGGAACAGUACCUCGAUCGAAAAUACCGAAUAGCACAUACUCUGAAUCAUCGUCGUACUUUGACGCACUGGCGGAACUGCAGCUUUCACACCUUAUAAGUCAACGGAACGAUUCUAUUGACUCGGAGGAUGACUGCCGGCGAAAAUUUGUGGCGCGACUUCUCUUCCGAAGACUCAUUCGAGAUCAGAAAUUGAGAGAGAAAUGGUUACAUCAUGAGACUGGCCCAUUUCCAAUCUGGUGUGAUGACUUUCGACCAGAGAAUGUUCUUGUCGAUGAAGCUGAGAAUAUUAUUGGAGUGGUAGACUGGGAGUUUACAUAUACUGCCCCUGUCGAAUUUUCCCAUGCACCGCCUUGGUGGCUUCUUCUCGAAAAGCCGGAAUAUUGGUCUAAAGGCCUCGACGACUGGUGUUUACAAUACGAUAAGCGACUUGAAACAUUUCUUCAAGCCAUGAACGAUUGCGAGAAUGAGGCAAUCCACGCCGGUCAACUUAUGGAGACUCAGCGUCUCUCUGGCCCAAUGCGAGAUAGUUGGGAGAGCGGCAACUUUUGGAUUAUGUAUGCCGCACGAAAUAAUUUUUCAUUCGACUCGAUCUAUUGGCAGAAAAUUGACCGGCGAUUCUUUGGACCGACUCAGAGCUCUGACCCUGACAAUUUCUGGAAGGAGAGGCUUCAUCUCUUGACACCCAAAGAAAAGGACUACAUAGAUGAAUGUGUAAAGCUGAAGUUUGAAGAGAUGGACACGAGACCUCUUGCUUGGGACCCGGAUGAGUAUACUCGAGCAUACGAGGACGAGUGGGUGGAAUGA